AGUUUCCAAGUUGUAUCCGUCUCAAGGGGUGUGUCGGGGCCUGAGCGAGUAUAUAAGGAACUCUAAGGAGCAGUCUGUUUGGCCAUCAACUCUUCUUGCAAAUUUGUUUUCCUCAACUUAGGCUAUUAAACACUAUACACAUGAUUAGUACAUUAAAAAAUUAAAGCUUUGUUAUUAACUGAUUGGUAAUUCAUCUUAAACUGUAAUAUCUUGAAUAAUAGAUAAAUCUAAAUUUUGACUGACAUUUUUUUAAGCGUAUUUGGUUUGAGUUUACAAACAGUGCAAUGUCUUUCAACGUAUGGUGUUUGUGUUUGUUCAUUUCAUUAAGUUCAUGCACAACAAAAGCGUGUACUCCACUUGACCAGGGUCCAUUUCUAGACACUUUACCUACACUACAGUUCGAAUUUGAUGAAACCAAUACGACAGAACCUCAACCACCAUUGCCAGUGAGUUCAAAUCCUUACUACUCUGAAGUACGUGUUUCCGGUGACAACAUCAGUCUGUCUGUCCAAUCUGACGCCAGCAGUAUCAUUGAUAUCUCUGAAUAUUUCCAGUUCGUGGCAGCAGACGGGAAGAACUACAUGAAACUGAUCAAACCAAUUGACAGAGAUGGCCUUACAGCAUCGCCUGAUGACGAUAUCAGCUUUUUGACCUUCACCUUAAUCUGCACAUCCCCAACAGUGAACAAUACGUUUGACGCUCGUGUUGUGAUUAAUGACGUCAAUGACAACCCGCCAGAAUUUAUUGGAGGUAACACUGUCAACCAGGUCUCCAUUCCGGAAGCUACUGCUGUUGGUACUGUAAUAUAUCAAGCUAGUGCCACUGACUUGGACGCAAAUCUAGAGGCUAACUUGACCUACACAUUGGUGACUAUUACAACUAAGUUUGUCCUUGACCCACUUACUGGUGCUGUGAGUGUGGCACAAGACCUUGACUAUGAGAGCAUGGUGCCUGACAAGUUCUAUGUGUUAGUCCUGACAGUUAAGGAUGGUGGCCCCAAGGUAUUUCGUACAGCUACUACAACCCUACAGGUCAACAUAACUGACUCCGAUGACCAGGAUCCAGCUUAUGACUACCCCGGAUGUUUCAAAGACGCAGGAGUUUGUGCCUGGCCCAAAUAUACCACUGGGCGACAGCUUAGAAUGAAUGCAAGCAUUCAAGUGUUCCCAGUACCAAACACUAUUUCAUCCAGUGUACAAAUUGUAGCAUACGACCUUGACAUUGGCAUUGGCAACGAAAUCAAAUUCUCCAUUUCAUCAACGAUACCGAAAGGUGAAGAGAACAACUUCCAGGUGGAUACAACAAGAAAUGGCAGCAAAUACAUGGCCACUAUCAGAUCCUUAGUUGACAUGGAGGUCUCUGAGGGGCUGCAACUAUUUUUAAAGGCCGAAGAGAAUUCAAUUAAUAAAGGGCACACAGUUGCAAUGAUCCUUUUCACGGGAGACAAAUCUUCCACUUCAAAUUUUACAAUGUCGUCACAAGCAUGUCAGCCUUUAGAUGAGGGACCAUACCUUGGUACUCACCCUAUUCUAAAUCUAGCAGUCGAUGAAGCCACCACACAAGAUAUUCAGGCUGCGAUGUCGUCUGGUUCAAUGAAGUAUUUCUCUGAGCUCCGUAUUGCUGGAAACUUUGCUCUCCGAGAGUUCACACUGACAGCAGACUAUGACAUCAAUGACCCAUUCUACUACUUUGAAGUGGUCACGCAGAACGGAGUGAAUUACAUGAGACUGACCAAACCAGUGGACAGAGAUGGUGUGUCUGAUAACAUUGAUGAACAGGUCAGCUAUAUCCCCUUUACUCUUAUCUGCACGCCUGCCAACCAGUCAUUGAGUCAAGUGGCCUACGAUGUGCACAUCUUUAUCCAAGAUGUCAAUGACAACACCCCGAGGUUCCUGAACACUGACAACCAAGUAUCGAUCCCAGAGACCACUCUGGUUGGAGCGAAGAUUUACACUGCAUCAGCUGUCGAUGACGAUGAAAAUAUGGAUGGAAAUCUAACGUUUUCCUUGGAGACCUCAAACGUUCCUUUCAUUAUAGACCCAUUAACUGGUGACGUCCUAGUAAACAGAUCGAUUGAUUACGAAAGCAUGCGAGACCAGAAAUAUUUUAACCUGACGCUGAGAAUUGAGGAUGCUGGACCAGGAACACUACGGACAGCCACCAUGAUGCUUCAGGUUCACGUGAUGGACGCUGACGACAACGAUCCGGCAUUUGUCUACUCCGGAUGUUUCGCCCACAACAACAUCUGCGCAUGGCCGAAAUACACUGGUGCUCUUCAACUGAAGAAGAACGAUGUGAUCAAAGUGUACCCAGUACCAAAUAAAGUCAAUGGCUAUGUCUCAAUCAAUGCUGUCGAUGGUGACGCUGACAUUGGCAACGAGAUCGUCUUUUCCAUAGCCUCCACUAUUCCACCUGGCCAAGAAAGUAAUUUUAAAGUAGAGACUGUGAAAUCCGCAGUCGGCAAAGAAUACACAGCUAACGUCAUCUCACUUGUGGAUCAGAACCUGUCCGAGGGUUUUGAAAUAUUUCUAAAGGCUGAAGAGAAAUCAGAAAACAAAAGAUAUGUUAUCGCCAUGAUCUUGUUUACUGCAACAGCAGGGGCUACAUCAGCACAACAACAGCAACAAGACAGCAGCAGCAGCAACAGUACACGAGUUGAAGACUACAGCAGCCUUGAGAUCGCCCUGAUCAUUGUAGUAUCUAUCUUGGCCGCCUUCUUGUUCAGUAUGAUAGUGGGAGUUGUCAUCUUCAGCUGUCUACGCAGAAAGUCCAGCGACAGGGAAAGCUUUUCUACCAGUAUGUAAGCAAACGGCAGGCAGUAAUGUCAUAGCAACACGGACCAAGCUAAUGUGAUACAAUGCUAAAUGUUGAAGAUCUGAAAUUCUUUCGAUGCAGUUUACACAUUGAUUUGUGUCUAUUCUUAGAUUAAAACUUAGCAACUUACAAGAUCUUCCAACAAUUCUCCGCACUCCCCAUGACGUCACGGAGUAGGUAUACAUGUAAAUAUCUUGCCUGAUCUGUAAAACGAACUUCCCUAUUUCUAGACCAUCUCCAUGGUUUUAGGUUUCACGAUAAAUUGUAUUUGAUUAACUAUUUUAAUUAUAUGCCGAAUUGUUGUUGUUGUUUUUUUUUUGUGUAUAUUUAUAUUUUAUACAAUUAUGACCGUGACUAUCUACGUGUUUCUCAUAGAUUGUACUAGUUGAUAGGAAGCUGGUUUUAUAAAUAUGCAUAUUUACACGUGUUGAAAUUGUUAAUGGGAAAUUUAAAAAAAUGUUUAAGUAAUUUUUAUAUCUAAAUAUAAAGACCAAAGUAAAUUUUUAUCUGACUAAUCAAUUUAUUUUUUUAAACGGCUUUAUUUUUUUUAUUUCCUUAUUUUGUCCUAGGGUUGAGAGUUUUUAUUAUUGAUGUGCCAAAGUAUAAGAUGUGUUUGUGGGUGUAUUAGAUGUGUUUGUGGGUGUAUAGGAUGUGUUUGUGGGUGUAUUAGAUGUGUUUGUGGGUGUAUUAGAUGUGUUUGUGGGUGUAUUAGAUGGGUUGAAUGGUUAAAUUGUGGAACUGCGUGUGACUCGAACUGUUCCCAUUGAGGAUGUUUAUCAUAUAUACUGUAUACUUGACCUAGUCUACAACUGACCUGGACAAGAUGUAUAUGUCAAAAUAAAAGGGGGAGGGGUGGAGAAAGUAACGAUCACUUGUCUCAAUAGGCUACAGCUGGUGAGCUGUACAGCUGUUUAAUGUAAAGAAGGGAGGGGGCUCAUUUGUAGUUAGACUUUUUGCAGACGUAUGGUAUCAAGGCAACCAGAAUUUAAAAAAAAAAGAAGUUUAUGCUUUAUGAUGCACUUCCAGGGCCGGCCUUAGGCAAAGACAAACUUGGGCAUCCUAUUGAUGGUGGGGCCUCGCACAGGGCUUUAAAAAAUGUAGAGAAAAAAUUGCGAAACUUGGAUCAGAUCUCAUAGUAGAACACUGACUCUUAGAACACUGACUCUUAGAACACUGACUCUUAGAACACUGACUCUAUGUUUACAAGUCUUAGAACACUGACUCUAUGUUUACAAGUCUAACUCUGUAUCUACUGACUGUAAUUGCGAUAGAUCAUUUCAAUUAUUUGUCCACUUAGACACAUGCAGGUUUAUAAUAAAUAGUGUAAUUUUAGUUUUUCACUUCUUCGUUUUAAUUUUUGUAAAUUUCAUUUAGGGCAACCAAAAUCACUGCACCUAGAGCCUCCUAGUAUCCAAAGCCGGCCCUGGCACUUCCUUUGAAAAUUGAAAAAAAAAUGACUCCGUUAAAAUAUAUUUUUUAAAAAAAAACUUCUACAUGUCUGAACCAAUCACAUCCUCAAACAAUCCCCUUUUUAAUUUAAAUCGUAAGACCGUUUAUUUUAACAGUGACAGAGCAUUGAAAAAUUUGCGCGCGGUCAUUUACACAUUUGAAAUGAAUCUGUGGUCAGUUUAAAAAGAGUUUAUUAGACUCAUUUUAUUUAGGGCAUAAUAGCCGCAAAAUGUUUACAAACUGUAUUCGUAAAUUCGUAAAUUUCAAUGAUGAUGUAAGGAAUAAUGAAAGGGAGAUAUUACUUAAUUUGGUCAAGAUUUGUUUAUUUCAAUUAAGACAUCAUUAAAUCUGCUUGUCUAAUCUAAUGUCUUAUAAUGUGUGUCUUCCAUCUGUCUUGCGUCCUGUGUCUUGUAUUCUACAUAUAGACUAUAAAUAUAGCCCAUUGUUUCAACAAUAGAAUAGUUUAUUUCAUAAGUAUUUUUACUUUUGUAUCAUUGAUUGUUCUAUUAACGCAGUGUCUAUAAACACGACUGUUCUAUUAACGCAGUGUCUAUAAACACGACUGUUCAUCCGUUGUUUAAGGCGCUUUCAUUUAUUGUAUUUUCUUCCACUUUGUUUGAAAUUUGCAAAAGUAAAAAAUAAAAUUAUUUUGUACAGUU